UUUACAGACAAAAUUACGUGAAGAGUUGCAGGAAACAUUUGUGCUUCUGUCAUAUCACCGAUUGUAUUAUGAUUUUCAGUGUAUAUCAGUGUAAAUUUUACGAUAUUAAUGUGAUAAAUUUGUUAAUUUUUAAACCCUGAACAUUGGUUCUGAUGGUGUUUGUUCUUAAACUGUAAAUAUGUGGUUAAAACCAAAAGAAGUGUUGCUACAAAAUGCUCUUUGGAAUGAUCUAGAUAAAAGCGUAUAUUUUGUUCUACAAUGUCGCAAAGGCCAUGGAAAAACAAGCGGAUUAUCAUCACUUAUAGUUGGAACAAUUGACAGUGUUUUUGACUCAAAACGGUUUCCGUACAGAAUCUUGCAUCAGACUCCAACUUCUGAGGUGUACUAUGAAAUAGCAUCAUCAGCAACAUUGAUUGAGAUCAGAAAACACUGGGAAUGGCUGCAACAGAAUCUGGCGAGUGACUCCCUGAGUGCCUUCUCCUCCGAAGAUGACAUCAACGACUUCGUUUUCUGUAAAAUCGAAUCUCUCGUGGCUGACACAAAAUCUGAGGCUGCUGUCGAGGCCGAUGAAGAAUCAAAGGAAUUCCAGCGAAUAUCAUCGAAAUUCAGGAAACUAUUCAGUAUGCCUCCUGAAGAGAGACUGGUCUCAUAUUAUCCCUGCAGCUACAUGAAAAAAAUCGUGCCAUACCAAGGCUGGAUCUACCUCUCCAUAUCUCACCUAUGCUUUCAUUGUCUGAUCUUCGGGAAGGAGAAGAAAGUUAUUAUAAGAUGGGUGGACGUGAUGGGGAUAGAGAAAACUUCAAACUACCUGUUCCCUGAAACUAUAACUAUCUCUACCCGUGAAAACAAGAUUUAUCGGUUCACAGCAGUGAUAGGAAAGGACGAUGCCUACAAAACUAUGACACAACUUGUCAACAUUGCAAUGAAACAGUUGAUGAACGAAAACACAGCCUUCGAUGUGGACAAGAAUCUCCUGAGUAAGCUAAGUUCCUUUUCACUUGUUGGCAGUAAGAACGUGAAGAAGAAACAGUCGUUUCUGAAGCGUGACUUGGACGCGAGGGCGCAGUCUGAUGCGUAUCGGCUGCUGUUCAAGUUGCCGACCACUGAACGCCUAGAUGGCAGCACUGAUGUCACCCUCUUCACGCCCUUCAACAAGUCAUAUGUGCCCGGCAAACUGUUUCUGUCGCAGAACUACCUCUGUUUUGACAGCAGGGUGCAAGGUUUAGUCAGUCUUGUGAUUCCUCUGCGAGAUAUGUCUCAAGUGGAGAAAACGGACAGUGACCCGUCCAGUGUUACCCUGGAAAACUCCAUUCUAAUCACAACCAGGAUGAAAGUCAAUUACCUCUUCUCCCGAAUUGUCGAUAGGGACUUCCUUGUACAGAAGAUCUCAGAACUGCUGGCUAAGAUAAGAGGCCAAUCCACUCUAUGCCCUCCAGAGAGUCCCAUUGCUCAAAAAGACUCGAGAUCUUGGAAGAUCCAGACCCCACUCGGUAUAGAGUUCCAGAACGACAAAAUGAACAAGGCGCGCCAGGAGGUGAAAGUGAAGCAGUGGGAGUUGCACUUCAAGGACUAUGGUUCGGGCAUCUCCAUGUAUCGCACUCACGAGAUCAGCAAGCUCGUUCUGCAGGGCAUACCGGAUACGCUCAGGAGGGAGGUCUGGAUGAACUUCUCUGGUGCUAAAAACGAGAUGGCGUCCAACCCAGGCCUGUACAGGGAGCUGGUGGAGAAGGCGAAGACCACCGCCUGUACGGCCAACGAUGAGAUAGAGAGAGACCUGUACAGGUCGCUGCCCGAACAUCCGGCCUUUCAGUCGGACACCGGAAUCAGUGCUCUAAGGCGGGUGUUGACGGCCUAUGCUUGCAGGAAUCCUGCGAUAGGCUACUGCCAAGCGAUGAACAUCAUAGCGUCGGUCCUCCUCAUUUUCUGCUCGGAGGAGGAGGCGUUCUGGCUGCUGGCGUGCGUGUGUGAGAACCUGCUGCCCGACUACUACAACACCAAGGUGGUGGGGGCCCUUGUGGACCAGGGGGUGCUCGAUGACCUCAUCAAGGACAGCCUCACCGACCUGUACGCCUGCCUCGAGUCGCUCGGCAUGAUUCAGAUGAUUUCUCUGUCCUGGUUCCUCACCAUAUUCCUCAGCGUAAUGCCCUACACCAGUGCUGUCAAUAUUGUCGACUGUUUCUUCUAUGAUGGGGCUAAAGUGAUAUUUCAGGUGGCACUGACAAUACUGCAAGAUAACGAGAAGCACUUGACGUCGUGUCGUGAUGAUGGUGAGGCAAUGCAGCGACUCAGCUCCUAUCUGUCAGGCAUCUACAAUGAAGAUGACGUCGAGUUGUGGCAGAUGAAGGAGGGGUGUGCCGUCAAAAAAAGUAUAACAGUUCAAAAGCUACUGUACAACGCUUACAAGGACUUCGGGAUGCUGACAGCUGGUGAAAUAGAAACACUGAGAACGAAGCAUCGGCUGAGGGUGGUGCAGAACCUGGAAGAUGGCAUGGGCAAGAAUGUGGUCAGGAGUGUCAAAAACGAUGGAUACUUUGACACAGAACAGUUACUGGUAUUAUUAAGUUUAAUAAGAGAGGAAUUGAUGAGAAAUCCGUCCAAAUAUUCAGAGAACCGCUACGACCAGUCAUUACCCUACUAUGAAGCCUACAGAGUCGAUUACGAUCUGUUCUUGUUCUUAUUCACUGGAAUCUCACCCUGGGGCAAGGGAAAGUACGGGGAAGAAUUGGCGGCAAGGUUAUUCAGGUUAAUGGAUCAAAACGGUGACGGCCUGAUAAACUUUCGAGAACUUGUGACGGCGCUUGGACUUAGCUGCUUUGCUGAGUGCAAUACUAGGCUCAGGCUACUCUAUCUCCUACAUCUCCCUCCACUACUCACUACAGCUGAAAUUCAGGCUUCCUUUCAUUCCGAGGAGGGGACUGAGGUGGCUUGUGAAGCAACAGAGGAGGUGGUGGCCCAACUGGGUGGAAUAGUCACUCCCUCUCUGGAGAGGUCUGGUAGCGUGAGCAGUUCUGCACAAACUCCAACGGGUGUCGACAGAGACCUGCCCUGGGACGUGAAAAGCAUGAGUUCGCUUCGCUCAAUGGUGCUAUCCGGCUGCGGUAAGCUCGACCGCCGUACACUGCCGCAGAUGACGCAGAUACACUUCAUGUCUCUGUGGCACACGCUUGAUGACCUCCUCAACGCCGUGUGCAAAAACGAUGAACUUGAUCAUAUCAUUGCCACUGUUGGCACAACUUUACUUCAACUAGGUGAAGCCAACAAGAGAUUCUACGAAAGCCAGAAUUCAACUACUGGAAGUCCAGCUAAUAAGGAUGAAGAAUCAGCCGAGAAGUCUACAGAACUGAUGGCGGACAAGAACGGCAACCCCGAGCAGAACCCUGCAGAGGGUGUGGGGGGCAGAGGGAGCAUUGCCGACUGGUCGAUAGGCCUCGAGCAAUUCGUGGCUACUGCACUGAUGGACGACAAAAUAGUCAAGUACUUCUCGGACAAGGUGGACCUGCGACAGGCUGUUGCCAACAUUCGCCAGCAGAGGGUGCGCUCGCUGCAUAGCUUCUGCAGUGACUAUGUGCCGCCGCCUUGACACAUCAACAAUUGUGCACCAGAAGCCUACAGCAUUCCAGUUGAGUUGGAUGGUAAAAUUGUGAGAACCAUAUUCGAGCAGCC